AUGAGAAAACUAAAAAAUUUAUUAAAAUUUAAUUAUAAAAGGUUUGAUUUUUUUAUACCAAAAAGUAUAUUAAAUCAAGAUCAAAAUAAUGAUUAUUCGGCAAAACGUAAAAUAUUACAAGCACGCGCAGUGAUCGCAAUCACAAUAUCUGCACUGGUGGUGUUGAGUAUACAGUUAUUGAUAGAUCUGUAUUUAUCAUUUUGGGAAAACCUAAAGAAUCAUGACGAUAGCAAUACUAAUAUAAUUAAAUCGAUUAAACUUACGGUUAUUUCUUGGCCAAUAUCUUUGACUGGACUUAUAAUUUAUUCUGGUUUAUUGUGUUUAUUGCCGACUGAAAAAAUAACUAUAUCACAAGUUGCAAGAAUUGGAAUCUGUUUUUUCUUGUCGAUUUCUGCUUAUAUUUCAUGUUUAGGACAUCGUUUUGCUAAACAAACAACAAUAGCAGUUAUCAUAAUGUAUUUAAUUGCUUUUGUACGAUCAAUAGGGAAAGAAUCACUUCCACUAUCGUUUUAUUAUAGUGGUUCGGUUUUAUGUGACAUCUAUCUAUUAUGUUUUAUUUAUUUUCUAUUAGUUGCUUAUGAUCAUGAAUAUCAAUCUAACGAAGAAAAAAUGUUGAAAUCUUUAAAUGAGACACAUUUAAAUGAGACACAACGUGCUCUGUUAGGUUCAAUAGAAAGUUGCGGAAAGAAUCUUAUUUUGGUGGUAAAUCAAGUAUUAACAUUUGCAAAAGUUGAACAUGGGAAAUUUUCAUUGGGAGUGGGAGAUGAUUUAGCACCAAUACCAGAUAUGAAAAAACUUGAUUUUGUAGUUUAUGCAGAUAUUAAUCCUUUGCAUAGAUUCCUUGUUGGCGAUGUUGGAGCUUUACGUCAGAUAAUCUUAAAUCUUUUAGGAAAUGCGUUGAAAUUUACUACUAAAGGUCGAAUUGAAUUAAGAGCAACCGAAUUAAAAGAGUCUGCUGAUGAUCAAAAAUUUGAAUUACAAACUAACACACUAAAAUCGGCAUCUUCGGAACCUAGUAAUAAUAUUGCUGGCAUUAGCAGCAAUGUUCCUGGUAGUAGUAAAAAACAUAGUAAAGAAAAAUUAAAGCCAUCAUUACCAAAAGCGAAAUUUCUUAUUGAAGUUUAUGACACUGGACGUGGCAUUUCUCCUGAAUUUAUUGAUCAUAUGUAUCAACCUUUCACUCAGAAUUCAUCUUUAACUAGGAGAUUUGAGGGAACAGGUUUGGGACUUAGCAUUGUUAAAGGAUUAUUGGAUAUGAUGAAUAGUAAGUUAGAUGUUGAAUCGAUUUUAGGAAAAGGUAGUAGAUUUUCAUUCUUAUUGGAAAUGCCAGUUUCACAAAUUUAUAUAGACAAUAUAUCACCAACAACACUACCGUUUGACCUACAAAAUUUGAGAAUGCCUGAAUUAGAACAACAAAGGCUUAUCAAAGAACUCAAAUCAAUUUCAUUAGUAAUAUUUGAUAAAAAUAAUUUUUUGCUCGCACAAAAAGUCGAAGAGUCGUUGAUGCGAUGGGGAUUCGUGUAUAACAUUUGUGAUGAUAGAGAACAUUUAAGAAAUUAUUGUCGCCGCAACAACGAUAAUGACAAUAGGGAGAAUGGUGAUGUUAUAAUAUUUAAUGAUAAUCUUGAAGAUUUGAAAUGUUCUUAUCAAUCAGUUGAAAAUGUUUUAAAUGAUUAUGAAUCACAAUCGGUGGUACUUGUUGUAACUAAACCGGUUGGUCGUAUGAAAUUCUUUACGGCAAUAUUAAAAGCUUCCGAGUCGCUGAAAUCACCACUAGAAAAGAUGUUUACAACGAGUACUCUAAGAAGUCAUGAUAAGAGAUACUCAACAUUUGAAGUAGGACCAGGUGGUGAAAUAUUAUUCAUACCAAAUACUAUGGAACUUGCAAGAAUCGCAUCUCAAACUGAUGAAGGUACACCAAGUUCUGAAAUAUCAGAGCCAGAUAUUUAUAUACCAUCACCGAUAACUACUACUACUGAAGCUACUGAUAGGAAUAAUAAUAUACUGUGGCAAAAACAAAAAACAACUGCAGGUGAUUCCACCACUACUAUUACUGGUAAUGAUGAUAAUAAUGUCAACGCAAUGCUAUCGAGUAUGAUGUUAAAACAACAUGGCUAUCGAAAAUAUGAAACAGCUAACAAUGGGCUUGAAGCUGUUAAAAAAUUUUAUAAUAAACAUUAUGACAUAAUAUUUAUGGAUAUUCAAAUGCCAAUAUGUGACGGAAUCGAGGCUACAAAAGAAUUUAGUUAG